AUGUCUUUCGCUCUGUUCGGACACAGCUUUAUCGCCCGCGUUGCCAACCACCCGACCCUGGACACGUCAAAUUUUCCAGUGCAUUGCUUUGGAUUAAAUGGAGGAACCUCACGACAAGUUCUCUUCCAUAACAUCACGCAAAAAAUGAUCCGUUUAAAACCAAAGAAAAUUUUUAUUCAAAUCGGAGAAAAUGACAUCAGCUUCAACAGUGACCCAUUUCAAAUAGUUAAGGACAUUAUCCGACUUGUGAACGCGUUUAGGGUUAUUCCAGACCUUGACCAGGUGAUACUAGGUCGACUGUUCAAAAGAUAUCGACUUCGUGGAAUGUCAGUGGAGGGGUAUGAAAUCCAGCGGACGAUAAUUAACCUGUGUCUACAAAAAAGUUUUCAAAAUGACGAUGUCAUAACUUUUCGGAGUUUAAAUGGACUAGAGGAGUGCAACAGGGAAGAUCUUUGCGAUGGUGUUCAUUUACAUAAACAGCUACAAAGCCGUUACGCUGAAGAAAUAAAGAACAUUCUUUUGGAAUAA